AUGGCUCGUCAGCCCUCGUUCGAGUCGGAGAGGCCGAUUAUGGCAGCUCGGAAUUCUCAGAGAUUCUCCACCCUCAGCGGAAGCCCUUCUCUUGCGUACUCGGAUCGCACCCUGCCCAGCGGUGACCCCAAGAUGGCCGAUAUCAAGGAGUUGUCAGACGGACUCGAGCGCCUCGAGAACAAGCCCUUGACCCAGCAACGCUUCGUUCCCACAGAAGAGAAGGCCGCCAACUUGAACAAACUGGCCCUUGGCGCAAAGGUUGAGCGUUCUCUUGGACGCCGGAUGACCAACCAGGACGCGGUUAUGCGCAAACCGCUAUUGAAUGAGAAGCAAAUCUGA